AUGCAGAUUACGAAGGUGUUGAUCGCCGACGACAUCGAGAAGGAAUGCGUAGACGUCUUGCAAGGGAAUGGUGUUGAGGUGACAGUAAAGACGAAGCAGACGGUGGACGAAUUGAAAACGUCGCUGCCAGCUCAUGAUGCAGUGAUAGUUCGUAGCGCUACAAAGAUCACACGAGAACUGAUCGAAGUUGGAGCAGCUGGCCGUCUGAGGCUAGUCGGAAGGGCUGGCACAGGUGUAGACAACAUUGAUGUCGAAGCCGCUUCGCAAAACAAAGUGCUGGUCAUGAACACACCUCAUGCAAACUAUGUUGUUCCAGAGGCGAAUUCACGAUCCGCAGCCGAACUCACUUGCAUUCUAAUUCUCAGCCUGACUCGCCAUGUUCCUCAAGCUGAUGCCUCCAUGAAGGCUGGGAAAUGGGCCAGAAAGGACUUCAUGGGAGAGGAGAUAUUUGGGCGUACGUUGGCGGUAUUGGGUUUGGGAAGAAUAGGCUCAGAAGUGGCCAGUCGUCUGCAGGCGUUCGGUAUGCGAGUUAUCGGAUACGAUCCUAUGGUUACGAAAGAGGCAGCAGCAGCGAAGAAUAUCGAAUUGCUCUCGUUGGAAGAAAUUUGGCCUCAGGCUGACUUUAUAACUGUGCACGUCCCGUUGAUCCCUGAAACAGCAAAUCUCAUCAAUGCCAAAACGCUAGCAAAAUGUAAAAAGGGGGUAAAGAUCGUCAACGUGGCACGAGGAGGCAUUGUUAACGAGAAAGAUCUGGUCGAUGCCUUGAAUUCUGGCCAAGCAGGAGGGGCAGCGAUCGACGUUUUCGAAGAGGAACCUCCAAAGUAUCGUGCUCUGGUGGAGCAUCCGAAGGCCAUUUGCACUCCUCAUCUGGGCGCUUCAACAAUCGACGCUCAAUUGAGAGUGGCAACGGAGAUUGCCGAGAACAUCGUUCAAUUCAACAAGGGGAAAGUGCUCGGAGUGCUCAAUGCCAAAGAGGUACUGUGA